AUGCUUCUACGAUCUCAGUUGAAAAGAAUGGCAAUAAGGCUGUUGUCAAAAAGACGGCCCAAACAAUUGAUCCCGUCGCUAAGAUCGAAAACUCUCGAUGCUAAGCCGACUGAGAGGAAACUGAAACUAUUUGCAUUUGGUAAUUUCUCAGCACUACACAAACCUGAAAAGGGCCACUUGGAGAAAUCUGAAUCGAUUAUUGGAAAGAUCGACUCGUUCGAGUCACUCAGAAUAUUCCCUACUGUUCGUAGCGCUAUGGUGAGAGAGAUCAAAGAAAAGUAUAAUCUCAAGAGCUCGUAUAUCAAGGGCAAGGAACAGCUUGAAAUAAAACCAACGCCUGUACAGGUUGCAGCUCUCAAAAAGAUCAACCAACCGAGGAAACCUAAGGUUGCCCAGCCGAAGAAGAAUGGUGAGGCACCCAUAUUGACUGAGUUGAUGCGUGAAAACGAGCAGAACAAGCUUAAGGUAUUCACAGUGGCCGCUGAGACUGGUUCUGGGAAAACCUGGGCGUACUUGGCGUCUGUAUUCUCCAAAUUGAAGGAGGACGAUAAGGCACUUUUCGAUCAGGGUGGAAGGGUUUUGGAAGAGGCUAAACAAUAUCCAACAAUUCGUUCAGUCGUACUUCUUCCUACUCACGAGCUUGUGGAUCAAGUUUUCGAGACUGCCUCGAGGGGAGCGAAAAUUCCUUUGGAUAUAGAGAAUGAUGUCAGUGACAAAAUCAAGAGGUCUCUAGAAUUUGGUCCCUUUCUCGCAGACCCGAAGAACCAAGAAAACCUCGACUUAAAGGUCUGUAAGUGGUCUACUGGCGAUUCCCAUCAGAGAUUGUUUAAUGCUGCAAAGGAUGGGCGCAUCGACAUGCUUAUCACGACUCCUUCCAAAAUUCAAAGUCUUGCCAAACUCGACAAUAUUCCACAACCAUUUCGUCUUUUCAACGGUGUGGAGUACUGUGUCAUAGAUGAAGCUGACACGUUGAUGGACAAGUCCUGGGUCUGGGAUACUAAGGGCACUCUUCUGCGUUUUCAUCGUCUCAAGGAUUUGAUCAUGUGUUCUGCUACCAUUCCAAAAGAUUUUAACAACACAAUCACUGAAAUGUUCAAGGAUGACAACUCGGUAAUCCGAAUUGUCACUCCACAAAUUCAUAAGAUACCUAAGCAGAUAGUCGUGAAGAUCAUUGACGCUCAACAGCCGCCUUAUCAUGGCUCAAAAACUCGUUGCUUAGCUCAGGCCUUGUACGCUAUAUUCAAUGAUGGUACGGAGCAGGGUUUCGUGAAGAGAAUUGUAAUCUUCGUGAAUGAAAAGAAAGACGUUGAGCCAUUGGUGGAGACUCUCAUCGCGAAAUAUGGCCACAGAGACUCUGACAUCAUCGGUGUUACUGGCAGAGAUUCUCCUGAGACAAGAGCUGCUAAGAUUGAGCCUUUUGUGAAACCAGCAACCCCGCUCGAGGAAGACCCAGAUGGAAGCACUAUAAAAGUUCUUGUAACUACUGAUUUAUUGGCAAGAGGUCUCAAUUUUUCUGGGAUCAAGAACGUGAUCUUGAUGGAUCUUCCAAGGACAUCUGUUGAUUUGGAAGUCAUGGAUAAAGGGUUUGCCCAAAGCGAUCAAGCAGGGUAUGACCAUUGGAUAAAUACAAGAAGACGAACAGUCUUCGUGACGCUUUUACGAAUUUAUUUAAAGAUUAGGAUACUUGUACAUAUUGAGGAACGCAUAAUUUUGGGGAACUUUUUCUGUAGGCAUAUCUCCUGGACAACUUUAUCCAGUCGCUCUUCGCAACCAUGGCGGCAUGGACUAUACAACCAGGACAGAGCAAGAGAAGGGGUGGUUUUAACAUAA